UUCCGAUCACUGCUCCUCCGCAUAUAAGGGGCACGGGGGAGAGCCCAAUCUCCCGACUUCUUGCUGUCACUCCUCUUUAGCCCAGGUGUUAGUGUUGUUGUCAAGCUCGGUCGGCAAGCCGUUUAACCUUUUCCCCGUCGUCCGUUUUCCUCGCCGUCAAACCUUCGCCAUGGCUCCCAAGUCUCUUUUCUUCUCGCUUUUCUCAUCUCUGACCGUCGCUUUGGCGGCCUCCCUGCCCCAAACCGACUAUGAAGUCAUGGUCAUUGGCGGAGGUCCGGCUGGACUCAGCGCUCUUAGCGGUCUCUCGCGAGUCCAGCGCAAGACCGUGCUUUUCGAUUCGGGUGAAUACCGCAAUGCUCCGACUCGGAACAUGCACGAUGUGAUCGGCAACGAUGGCACCGUCCCCAGCGAGUUCCGUGGCCUCGCUCGCGAACAAAUCUCCAAAUAUGACACGGCCUCUUUCGUGGACAAGAGAAUUACCACUAUCACGCCCGUCACUGACCAGGCCGCCAACACUACCUACUUCAACGCCACUGACGCCGACGGCGUCGUGUACUCCGCCCGCAAACUCAUCCUCGGCACUGGUCUUGUUGACGUGCUCCCCGCCACGCCCGGUCUCCAGGAGGCCUGGGGUAAGGGCGUGUACUGGUGUCCCUGGUGCGACGGAUAUGAACACCGCGACCAGCCCUUCGGUAUCCUGGGUGCCCUGCCCGACGUCGUCGGCAGCGUUCUGGAAGUCUACACUCUGAAUCAGGACAUCAUCGCCUUCUUGAACGGCACGCAUACGCCCGAGGCCGAGGCCGAGCUGGCCGCCAAAUACCCUAACUGGAAGAAGCAGCUGGACGCCUACAACGUGCGCCUGGAGAACGCUACCAUCGCGUCUUUUGAGCGCAUUCAGAGCGGCGAGGACCACCGCGACGACAAGGGCCACCAAUUCGACAUCUUCCGCGUGCAUUUUACCAACGGCUCCUCGGUCGACCGCAACGCCUUCAUCACCAACUACCCGACUCAGCAGCGGUCCUCUAUCCCCACUGAUCUCGGUCUCGCCAUGAAAGACGGCAAGAUUGACACUAGCAUCAACCCGGGAAUGCGCACUAGCAAGCCGGGUGUCUUUGCCAUUGGCGACUGCAACAGUGACGGCAGCACUAACGUGCCUCAUGCUAUGUUCAGCGGCAAACGCGCGGCGGUUUUUCUUCACGUCGAACUGGCCAAGGAAGAAUCCGCUGCUUCCAUCGAGAAACGGGCUUUGCCUUCCAAACGGGCCAUGCUCAAGGCCGCUGAGCGCAGCAUGGGCAACGAACUGGAGGCAUUGUGGAAGCGCGCUCGUGGGAUAUAAGAGAACGGUUCCUCAUAUGAAAUACUACGAAUGAACAUACCUGCGGACACUUCAUCUAAUGCUAGCAGCUGAUUAUGGGGUUUGACGAUAAAUGAUUGGCUUACAUAUAUUUACUUGCCUAUAAAGUUCUUUCUGAAUCAUCACCGUUACGGAGAGUUUCAGGGAGCUAUAAUAUAUCCAGAAUCCAACGUGUU